AUGUUCGCGGGGUGGGUCGCGGGCGCUCGGCUCGGGCACCGCGGGGCGGGUCUGCGCGCGGCGCGCCCCGGCCCGGGCUCACCCCUGUCCCCGCAGGUGGCGCUGGGCUUCGCGGACAGCAGCUGCGACCCCUCCGACCAGUGCCCGCCCCAGGCCCGCUGGAGCAGCCUGUGGCACGUGGGGCUUAUCCUGCUCGCUGUCCUCCUGCUGCUGCUGUGUGGGGUCACGGCCAGCUGUGUCCGGUUCUGCUGCCUCCGGAAGCGGGCACACACCCAGCCACACCUGCCACCAGCACCUCAGCCUUGCGACCUGACAGUCAUUCCUGUGGAUAAUGACAGCCCGGUGCACAGCACUGUGACUUCCUACAGCUCUGUGCAGUACCCGCUGACCACGCGGCUGCCCCUGCCCUUUGGGGAGCUGGACCUCAACUCCAUGACCCCUCCCGCCUACAGCCUAUAUGCCCCCGAGCUGCCGCCCUCCUAUGAUGAGGCCGUCAAGAUGGCCAAACCCGAACAGGAAGAGCCGCCCCCCUCCCAGUAGCCCAGCCGCCUCCCCGGGGCCUCAGGCCAAGAGACUCCUCCAGGAGCCCCAGGAGUUGGGCACCAAUGCCCAACACUCCCAGCUAUAGCCCUGGUGCCCCUCAAAGGAGGGAGAAAACUCUCCUGAACCUCCCAAUGCCUCCAACCACCCUGUGCUCCGAGAGCACUUGGAGCCGGGACUCCCAGCCCACUCCCACCAUCCUUCCCCCGGGAAGGCCAGCCGUCCAGCACAUUGCUGCAGCCCUGGCCUCGUUGCUAUGUAACGCCAGGCAGCCGAGCCGGCCAGCCCUAUGUUGGCCACACACACACAGCAGGCUGCUGCAUUCAGCCCCAGCCCCUGCCCAGUGCAGCCCAGCAGGGCGUUGUCCCAGAGGAGGCCCCAAAGGCCUAAGCCUCAGGGCUCAGGGCUGGCUGUGAUGUCCACAGCUUUCUGGAGAGAGAAUAAAGUUUGUAUCUAAGUGGUC